AUGGAUCAAAGUUCAGAAAAACCAAAGUUUAAUUUGAGACUUCUCAUCGAUGAGAAGAAAAACAAAGUUGUUAUGGCUGAAGCUGAUAUGGAUUUUGUUGAUGUGCUUUGUGGUCUUUUGACUCUCCCAAUGGGAACCAUUGUCAGGUUAUUGGAGAAGCAUCAAAAUCCUCAGUCUUUUACUGUAGGUUGUUUUACAAAUCUCUACAAAAGUGUCUCAGACAUGAGUGUCGAUAAUUUUGAGACUCAAGCUUGUAAAGAUUUAUUACUGUAUCCAAGGAGUUUGAAGGAGAGUCAUUGCAGACGGCUAAAGCUGAAUCUAGAUGAUACUGAGUCUACCAAAUUUUUUGUCUACCCUCGGUUUGUUCUUGGCAAGUCAUGCAGUAAGGUAUACAGCAAUAUUUGCAACUCAUUGUGUAGUUGUGGGAAACUAAUGAACCGUGAGGUUCAGAUUGAGGAAGAAGAUCAAGACGAAGGUGAUGGAGUGUUUCUGAGUUGCAGAAGUUCUUUCAUCAUCACUGAUGAUCUGAAAUUGGUUUUCAACUCUAUUGGUAAUGUCAUGAGUGUUCUCAAUGAUCUUGGCUAUGAUGGAUUUGACAAGCUCCAGGAAAGGCUUCUUGAAGUUGGUUCUGAUGAGGUGAUGACUUUGAUUGAAUGUUUAUUCAAUUCGGAUACUCCCUUGACAGACACGUUUCUGAGGGGAAAUUGUGUGUCAAGGAAGCAGAAAUUUUGGGCUCCACUCGUGCAAGAAAGCAUAGUUGCAGGCCCACAGACCUUGAAAGUCUUUGUUAGAAAGGUGGAUAGAGUCAUUCUUUAUGCUGAGUGCAGAGAAGAAUUCGUCGAUUUUCUUUUCUCGUUUCUUGCCAUUCCCAUUGAGUUUGUGGGGAAAUUUUGUAGUGACAAUGCCAAUAUAAGUUGUAUUGGUAACCUGUGUAGAAGCGUGAAAGGGUUGAGCUUGGAGGAGGAGGGAGAUACUACAGUUACCAACUGUGUGCUUCCUCAUUUCUACAAUUGUCGUGCGCAACUGCUCGAUGUUGUUAUCCAGGAAGUGCCAGAAUAUGAAUGUUUGGUAACUAGGCUUUUUUGUUCUCAAUAUAAUGCUAGCAAGCUCUGCAAAAGAAUUGAGAAGAACAAUCUUCUAUCAGAUCAAAAAAUCGUGAAGUUAAGUCCAAUGAAUCCAAAAUCCAAAGGCACUUCAGAUUCUCUUGGUAUUGGAUUUGUUAAGGGAAAAACAAACUUCAUGGUGUCCGAUGAUCUACAUGUCACUGCUAUGAACUCAUCCUCAACAAUAUCGAUGUUGAGUAAGUUGCAGGUGAAUAUCAAUGAUAUUGAAGAGCAAGUAAUCAGCAUUGGCAAAGCUGAGGCAAUAAGCUUACUUAGAGCUUCCUUGGUCACAACCUCUGCCUUAACUAAUGGUCUCUCGAAGUUCCUGCCAAAUGGAAAACGCAAAAACGCAACUCAUCAAUCAACAUUUAAGAUACUAAAAAUUGAAUCAACUCGGUGA